ACAAACAAGACAAAUAACAGAAUAAAAUUGUACAGUAUUGUGCCAAAAACGGAAAAACUUAGAAAUUCUCUCUCAGUUCCGUGAUUUCCUGGCAGUCCCUGAAGGCAUCAUUCUGACCGUUAGAAAACGUUAGAAACGGCAUCCAAACGUUACCGUUUUGAGAAGCACGGGCGGUUAGCGGCCCGGUGAGGAAUAAACCCAACCAAAGAUGGAAGUUACCGAAGACCAGCGAUUAGAACCGAUCCGCACCUUCAUCCACAGCAGCUUCCGGCUGGACCCGGACAAAUGGCGGGAGUUUGUAGCCGAGAAGAGCAACAUGGCGGCCGUGAGCCGCUUCAUUAACGGCCCUGACGCCGUGCAGCUGUUCCACCAGCUGCAGCCGCCCUCCGGGCUGUGCGCCAGCCUCAGCGUCCCCCCGGGGGUCCGCACCAAGGUCCUCUGUGUGUCCAAGUCGGUCCCGGAAGCCCUGCCCAAGGAGAACCCGGGCAAAGUCCUCCGGAUGCAGGAGUUCCUGGGAGGAGAGGCUCUGAGGACCCUGGUCAGCCUCCAUGACGAGGUCAGCAGGUGGACUGCGGGCCUGGCCCAGGAUGCUCUGAAGCUCACAGAGAGGCAGAGGAGCACAGCGUUAGUGAUGAAGGCUCUGGAGGAGGGCCACACCUUCCUUCCUCCACCUGAUGCUCUCCGUCACCUGGACAACCCCGUUGAGCUCAGUCAAGGUGGUGGUCACCAUGGAAACAACGGCAGCAGCAAUCACGAGCCUCUUCAGGAAGAUUCUUCAGACAGCCCCCGCCUCCUUAGCAGCACUAGUUACCACGACGAUGCGCCCAAUAGUUGCAGUAGUCUCCGUGACAACGUGGACCAGAAGGAGCGGAAGCUCUCGGUUGCCCAGCUCCUCCACGCCUGUGAGGAGACGGUGGUGGAGUGGGUGGAGCUGGUGGGUGACCUGCUGCAGCAGGACUGGUCUGGAGUGGUCCUGGACCGACUGAAACCCGUCCCUUCAGAGGAGUUUGCCUUCUGGAAGGAGCGUCUGAGGAACCUGCUCUUCAUCCAGUCCCAGCUGAUGAGCCCUGAAGCCCAGCAGGUGGCCUCCAUCCUCCAGGCGGCAGACAGCGUCUACUGGGUGGCUCUGCAGGACCUUCAGGACGACGUCCAGGAAGCUGUCUGCGAAGCUGAGGACAUCGUGGAGAACCUGACUCCGGUUGAGCAGAAGCUCAGCGAGGUUCUGGAGAUGAACUUCUGUCAGCUGAAGGACAACAUGGCCGCCGUGAUGGAGGAGGUCCGCCUGCUGUGGAUGCGCUCCAAGUUCUACUGUUGGCCCGCCAGGAUGAUGGUCCUGCUGCAGGAGAUCUGCAACCUCUUCGUCCACCUGAGCAGGAAGUUUCUGCCUGGACCGGGAGUGAUCCGUGUUCUGGAGUCAGAACCCGGUCCGGUUCUGGAUGACGUCAGACUGGUGAUCCAGACCCUCCAGGCUCUAAAAUCAGCGUAUACCCAGAAGCAGACCCAGCUGGAGCUCCAGAACCAGGCCACGCCCACUCGCCACUGGACCUUCCCGUCCACCCUGGUCUUCUCCCAGCUGGACACCUUCCUGCGCCGCCUGCUCAGCAUCCAGGAAGCACAGCGCGUCGCUGCGCGGUUCUACCGGCUGGGUCGGACGGUUCUGUUCGGGCUCAACAGCACGACGGCGGUUCAGCAGGUGUCUGAGGAAUUCCUGGUCCAGGUGAGGCUGCUGUCCGGCUGCAGCUGUGACCCAACCGACCCGGAGGACCAGAACUUUGAGCUGAAACUGGAUCGCUUCCAGGCAGAGCUGUCACACCUGGAGACCCGACUGGUGUCGGUUCUGAGCACGGCACUGGGGGACUGCAGCGAGGCUUCGUCUGCUGCCAAGAUUGUACAGAUGUUCUGGUUCUUCGUGGACCAGAGGGCGGUCCGGGAUCAGCUUCAUCCACACCUGAACCGGCUAGCGGACCAUGUUCUGACUGAUCUGGAUCAGACCGAGUCGGAGUUCUACAACGAGAAAGAACGGCCUGAGAGGUUCUUCAGGUUCCAUCCCACCGCUGUGGCUCGCCUCUGCUGGAACCGCCAGCUGCGCCGCAGAGCGGAAGCAGCUCUGAGGAGCUUCGGUACCAUCCAGAACCUGUGUGGCGGUUUGGCCGUGUCACGUGUGGUUCUGGAGAAGUGGAGGCAGAUUGUGGACCUUCUGGAGGACUUUAGAACCGGCGUGCGUUCUGACUGGAGCGCCGGGCUGGAGUCUGACUGUGAUGAGAUCCUGAAGCAUUCUCUGAUCCAGAUCAGCCCUCCGGCCCACCUGGAGGUGGCCUGCAGGUACCAGCUGGAGGCGGUUCUCCUGGAGCUCAGGUAUGUGAGCAGAGAAGGAGGCGUGGAGCUCCGCCCCCAGACCGCCCACUUCCUGGAGCGCAGAGAUGACAUCACACACACGUACCUCCGCCUGAGACAGAUGGUGCUCUGCUACAACCAGGUGGUGGGCGGGGCCAUGGAGGCGGAGCUUCCUCUGAUCCAGGACAAGCUGCAGGAGCUUCAGCGCCACCUGAGUGAACUGAAGAGGAGGACGUGGACCUGUGAAGGUGUGCAGCAGCAGAGCCAGCCCGUGGUGAUGGUGCAUUUCAACAUCAGAGAAGCUAGAGCCAACAUGGACGCCAUGAGACGCAUUGCACAGGGGUGGGCGGAGCUUGAGCUUCUGCAGCGCUCAGGUUCUCUGUUGGAGAGCGGCGUGAACGAUCAGACCUGCAGACUCCUUAAGACGGACGGGGAGCAGCUGCUUGGGCUGACACAGGUAAACAGGAGUCUGUACGGGGCUGAUGAGUCCUCUCCCAGCUGGAGAACGUACCUGGACUACGUUGACGACAACGUCCUGGAGGGGCUGCAGCAGCUGCUGCGCAGAGCUCUGCGCUACCUGGCCGACAACAUGAGCCCCCAGAGCCGUGGCCACGCCCUUUUGGCGGUCACGCUGCGGCUGCAGCAAAGCGGCUCUGCGUUUGAGCCGGAGAUAGACGCUGGCCUCACAGACUUCCUGAAGGGCGUCAUCAGCGAGGUCUACGCCGCCGCCGGGCUCGUUCCCAGGAUCUCCGUCAGUCGCCAUGCCAACUACCAGGCGUCUCUGCAGCAGGACCCGGAGCUGUGCGCGCUGGAACAAGAGGUGAUGUGUAGGCUGCUGCAGGUGAAGGAGGAGGCGGAGCAGCUGAGGGCGGGUCUAGACAGGUACUGUCACCUGUGGCAGAGGGACCGCAGGGCAGUGUUUCAGGAGUUCCUCACCUAUGGCAAGCUGCUGGGAACCCAUGAAGCAGAGGCUGAAAGGAGUCCGCCCACCCUAAAGGACUACCAGAGAGAGAUCCAGGUCCUGCUGAGGUUCAGCUCAGAGGUGACUGGACUGGACGAGGUGAUCGUCCUGCACGGCUGGCUGCAGGUGGACCUGCGUCCCUUCACCACCCGCCUGCUGUCCAUCAUCCUGGACUGGAAGCACAUGUACACUGACCUACUGCUGGAGUCGGCCACCAAAAGUCUGCAGCAGGUGACCCGACCCGGUUCUGACGAAGAAGAAUCCUCAUCUUCCUCCACCUUCCCCCUGACCGACACCAUCCUGCUGCUGGAAGCGGCUGGAGUGGAGCUGCCUGAACACCUGGCUGCCCAGCUGCAGUGACGGCUGCUGAGGCCCCGCGCUCCGGAUCCGAUCAUCAGCCUGGUUCUGUUCUGGUUCUGCUGAAGGUGGUCCAUGGCUGUUAAUAAACAUGAGAACCUGCAGUGGCUCUGCUCCCUCAGAAACACAGACGCAGCGCGAUAAAUUAAUGAUUUAAUCUCCCUCAGACAGACAGGUAACAGGUGAGAAACAGACAGGUGAGCCGCCGCCCACUCGCUCACAGGCACAGCAAUGAGAAACAGCAUCUAAAAAAAUAAAAAUCAAA